UAGAACAUCCCAGCCUCAAGACCAGCUGGAUCUGUUCUCUGCUAGAGCCAAGACCAGAGGACUGGGUAAGGCAAGGAAGCCUCCAAAGAGGGGUCAGGGAGUGCUGCAGCUCACGAUGGCGUCCCAUGGAAAUGAGAGGCUACCACUUUGCUUUGGAGGAGAGAACUUGAGUUGGGUACCAGUGAGAGAUUCCAGCUCGAGGCUUGCUGAACCUUUAAGAAGGGAUCAGAAGUUUUGGAAGGAGCAUCACAAUGAAAGGAGCAGUGAUCAAGAGGUGCAGAAACAAAUGAGGCAGAUCAACUUGGGCAAAAAGAAAUGCAAACACAUCAAUACUAUAAUUCAUGACCAACAGGACAAGAUCAGGGAUAUCUGCACCAACCCCAACAGCAAAAAUGUUCUUUGCAAGAAUGGGUGGGACAACUGCUUUCAGGGCCCGAACACAUACUCUGUCACAGUCUGUCUAGAGAAGCCAAACUCUCAGCCCGGUAAAUGCCUUUACGACUGUACCAAGGUAGAACCAGCCAAAGUCACUGUGGCCUGUGAGAAUGGGAAGCCUGUCCAUCUUGAUGAUGCUAUUGUCCAUGUUGUAAUGUGAUUGCCCUGAAAAGCUCUAUGAAAGAUGAUCCAUUCCCCCAGUGAGAGAAGCAUUAUCUGUCAUGUAGGCUAGGCUAAUUUUUUUCCUUAGAAGGCAUUAUUAAAAUCAUCCUCAAAACUUAAUUAGCCCUUUAUUUAGCAACUCUGGUGGCUCAAGAACAGAAGUCAGACUAGAAAGAGGCAGGAGUUGCUUUCCUCCCUCAAGCUCUCCCAAAGUGCCAGCUCAUGCUAGCAACCUAAGGUCCAGGAAGCUGUGCCCAACUGAAUCAAUGCUAUGUCUUUGCUGAGUAUACUUUCUGUGCUAUGGCUAAGUAAACCCUUUGUUAACCAUUG